GUGAGUUUCUUCAGUCCCUGCUUUGCUCUUCAACUCUAUGGAUGAGUGAGUGUUCUGUGGUAUCCGAUCCACACGACUUGCACGUGGUUUGAAGAGGAGUACGUUUGACAGGACAGGACCCUAUAGAUAAAGCUCUUCGCGUUUUUGACAUCUUCUCGCACCUGCGUCGGACUGCUGCUGUUACCAUUUAGAAUGAAGAAUUAAGAAUGAGAAAUAAUGAAGAAUGAAGACAGUGCUUACUUUUUUUGUUUUCCUUAUUCUUACGAUUUUGGAAGAGGUUUUAACACAAAGUCCACCACAACUAACUACAAAAAAUGCAUCACGACAACAAAUUGUGAGACCUGGGACGAAUAUAGUUGUAGAAUGCCCAGUACGUAACACAAGGGACAUGAUAUUCGAGUGGUAUAAAGAUAAAGAAACCAUUAUGACUUAUGGAAGUCACCGUUUGAGAAUUUUAAGCAACGGAUCUCUUAGAAUCAAAGAAACUGUCUACGAUGAUACUGGCGUGUACAAAUGUCGCGCUGUCAAUGGUUUCGGAAGUGUGGAAUUUAACACAACUCUUCUAGUCAUUGGAAAUGAAGAAGAUUAUGAAGAAUACAAAGCUAUUUUUGAUCCAGAUGAUGCCCUGACUGACGAAUCUAAAAUAAGUAUAACAGCGAAGCCCCAGAUUCUGUACGUAACAGAAGGAAAAUCUCCCAUUUUCAAGCCUUUGGGGGCGACUUUUAUGCUGCAGUGCGUUGCAACGGGAUACCCCAAGCCGGAAAUAAUGUGGUACAAGGACGGAACUCCGAUUUCCAACCAAUUUCGUCUUGGACGAUGGGCUCUUAAGUUUACCAAGACUAUUUUGACAGACGCUGGAAACUAUACCUGCGUCGCUUCAAACCAACUGGGAAAGGCCAGCCAUUCCUUCGUUUUAGAAGUGGAUGAGCCCGGUCGCAAAGUCAGGGGUAAACCCCUUAUUACAGGCUACAACACAACUGUUCAAGAAGGUCAGCGGGCGGUUAUGGAAUGUGGAGUAGAAAGCGCAUCUCUUCCCCAUAUUGAGUGGCUUAAACAAGUUCAUGUAGAUGAUACUAAUGCAGAUCCGGGGAAGCAUGCGAUAUCCAUGAAAGGAGAGUACUUCAGUGUAAUAACCAAACCCUUUUUGCUGGAUUACGUUCUAAAAGACGAUGUAUACUACCAUAAACUGAUGAUAGAAAACGCACAGUUAGAAGAUGCUGGGAAAUACGUUUGCUUUGGAGCAAACACUGAUGGCUACGAUUACCAGUUUACAUACCUUGAAGUAAUUCCUAGAGAUAAUGGAUACCACUCGACGCUUUCUUUUCCUAUCGUCGUUACCGUAAUUGUUGUUGCUGGUGCUGUUUUAGGUUGUAUUUUUGCCUUAUUAUUUUAUUGCCGCCCGCGAAGGAGAAGAAGACCUGAAGAGAAUUCCGUUGAUGUAUCCAUGGUAACCAAAGAAGGGUUUAUACCGAUGCAUACCGGACCUUCAGAUGUUUUAAAAAGUCCGAUUAAAUCCGGUAAACCCAGAUCAACGCAUUCAGUUACAUAUGUAUCAGGACUCUCAAAUGGUGGUGUUUGAUAUUAUACAAACACAAAAAAUAUAACUGAUAGUUUUUUUGUAAAAUAUAUUCUUAUAUACAGUAAAAGGAGAAAUUAAUACAAAAGUAAUUAUUUUUUCAUAUAUUUGAAAAAGAAUUUGCUCAUUAACGUUAUUUAACAAUGGAAUAGAUAUUUUUUCGGACGCUAAAUUACUAAGCGCACAAAGCUUAUAUUAUUAUAGUAUACUUUUCAUUAUUUUUUAUAAUACUUUUGAUUAUAUUAUUUUUUGCACACUUUUAUGUAACUUUACUUGCCUCAUGUUAGUAAAAAUGCUAUUUUUAAUAGAAUUAUUUUAUUCUUUUUCUAGUGUGCUAGAAUGUUGAGUUUUUCUUUAAGUGUGUGUUUAAAAACUAUUCUCUAUAUUAAUGUUUUUAGAGCCUCAUUAUCAAUUAGUCCAUUAAUAUAAUAUCAUUUUAUUUCUAUGCGUGUUUUGUUAGCAAAUAAUAAAUGGAGAUAAGAUGAUAAAACGAUUUCAUAGUAUUUGUAAAAAUCAACUAAACAUUAAAGACUGAAAAGCAGAAAUUGAUUAAAAUAUAAAAAAAAAUCUGCUGGUUUUAAAAGAGUAUAUUUAGUACACUGAAUAAAAUGUAUGUGUUUUAAUUUUUAUAUUACUUUUCAUAUCUUUCCGUAAACUAAAUUUCUGAAAUGUAAAGUACCUAUUAUUUUAAAUUUUUACUGUGAAUUGAUUGAAAUAAUAAAUAACAUACUAAGUAAAUUAAAUAUCAUUGAACAAUGGAACAAUUAAAUAGCUCUCUGCAGAUUAAGUAU